AAUUUUAAAGAAACUAAUCUUUCUUUAACCCUAUAUUAGAGCAAAAAGAAGGGUAGAAGCCUAAAUAUGCAAUAUACAUGUAUAGAAAGAAGUACCUUUGCCACUUGAGUGCAGAAGUAAGGCAAUUGGUAAACCAACAUGUUUUGAUCUUCCAACAACUACUGCAGUUUUUCCAAAAGUAUUUAUCUUACUCUUAACUAUUAAUUCUCUUACUCCUAGAGCAGUUGCAGGUAUGAUGCCAUCAUGAUUUAAUGAUAAUCUACCUAUAUUUUCUAAGUGAAACCCAUCCACAUCUUUAUGUGGUGCAAUUGCUUGGCAUAUUUCAUUUUCAUUUAUAUGAUUAGAUAAUGGCAAUUGAACAAGAAUUCCGUCUACCAAUUCAUUUUUAUUUAAAUGAUUAAUUUUUUUAAUGACAUCUUCUUGUGUUACAUUUUCGUCAAAAGAGAUAGUAGAGCUGUCAAUCCCUGAAACAUAGAAAUGUUGCAUGUAAUUUAUUUCUCUGUUAUUAUUACACCUUACCUUAAUAUAGUCUUAUUGAAUUCAUUAUGAAAUUGUUCCAUGCACUCUUUCUUACCAAUUAACUUUGCAACUUUCAUUUUACUUUGAACAUAUAAUUUACUAGCUGGAUUAUUACCAACUAUUAUAGCAACUAAGUUUGGCUUUCUGUUCCCAUCUUUUACCAAAGUAUCAACAGUUACUUUCAAUUCUUUUUGUAUCUCAUUAGCAAUCUGGUUGCCGUCUAUUAUUACAGCUUCUUGCCUGAAAGUAUUGUGAAAUAAUUAUACUGAUUAUGGUAUUAAUAAGUAUCGUAGGUAUCAAUACAAGAUACUUACAAAAUAGUCGAAGUAUGUAUUCUUUUUACAGGCCAUUGAGAAACAGCUGUUAAUGCUUUUUUCCAAGAAAACAUCAUAAGUAAAAAAGUGCAAUUAAAUAUCCUUCAAAAGAUACAAAUAUCCCGAUAAUUCUGACACAGCUUGUGUAAGUUUAUGUUGUUACCAUUUUCUGUAAUCCAACUUACAAUGACAACACGGUUGUAUACAUAAACACUGCAGCAAAGUGACUGUGUUUCUUGUGAAUACGUAUUAAUUAAGUAUAAUAAUAAGUCCAAACAUCUGUACUGUACUCCAAUACUCCGUACUCCAUACCACCAGUGAAAGGCAUUCCAUUUUUUAUUCUUCAAACAAGUUUCGCGGGUUCUAUCACAUUUUCUCUAAGUAACAUUACAACACUUCCGGUCACCACUAUCACCACGCAGUUCAUACGCAAAGUUAGAAUGCAUAUAAGAUCAUUCCCAUAACGUGAUUUUUGUUUACAAGUCUGUAUUAUCGAUGCCACUAAAAAUGUUCUGUAAUAACUUUCUAUGAUAACCACAAGAGGGCAAAUAAAAAUAUUAACAUACAGUAGGUCCUAAUCCACCCCAUAUUGUACAAUGGAAGGAAGUAAAAUGGAAACAAAGUGCCUUGAAUAUGCUCAUCAAAAUUUAACGAAUAAUUUGUUACCAUAUUUUGAUCGCGUACAUAAAAUGCAUAUACAAUGUACGUUACCUCGGAACCUAUGAUUUAUCGUUAAAUGAUUAGCUCGUUGUGAUUGGUUGACAAACUAGCCAAACGCAUCAAGCGCCAUUUGUUUGGACGCUUAAUUUUCGGUCAGUUGUAUUCGGAAAGUGCGGUGAUAAGGUGCAGAUUCCAAAAGAAAAGUGACGCAUAUUCCAGUUGUUAAAAAAACGCAGAUGCUAUUAUGUGAAAGAAUAUAUUGUAAGAAGAAAACCGUGCGGAUCACAAUGCGUGGAAAAUCGAGUGUGCUUAAUUAUUAUCCUAGCCUGAAUAAUUGCCUAUUGUGCACGUAAGAUUCGCGUUAUUUGUGGUUGCGAAAUAGAGAGGAUCGAUUCUUAAUUUGCAAAGAGAGAAGGAAGUCCUGACGAGUACGAUGUCUUUAAGUGCAAGUGCAGAAAACUUAUCAACCGAAGGGCAAAACAGUGAAAGGUGGAAUAUGUGCCUUGAAUUGGCACUUGAGGGUGAGCGCCUUUGUAAGGCUGGGGAUUGCAAGUCUGGAGUGGCAUUCUUUCAAGCUGCGAUACAAGCAGGCACACAUGAUUUAAAGAUAUUAAGUGCAAUUUAUAGUCAACUGGGAAACGCGUAUUUUUACCUAGGAGAUUAUGUGAAAGCAAUGCAAUAUCAUAGACUGGAUUUGACACUCGCACGUAAUAUGGGAGACAAACUUGGGGAAGCUAAAUCCAGUGGAAACUUGGGAAAUACAUUGAAAGUAAUGGGAAAAUUUGAUGAAGCUACUAUUUGUUGCAAAAGACACUUGGAGAUUUCUAGAGAAAUUGGAGACAAGUUGAGUGAAGGAAGAGCUUUAUACAACUUGGGAAAUGUUUAUCAUGCUAAGGGAAAACAAGCUGGUAGGAUAGGCCAUCAGGAUCCUGGAGAAUUCUCUGAAGAAGUUAGACAGUGUCUAGAACAAGCUGUUCAGUAUUAUGAAGAAAAUUUAGAGCUGAUGAAGGAGUUGGAAGAUUCUGCUGCUCAGGGUAGAGCUUGUGGAAAUCUAGGAAACACUUUCUACCUGUUAGGUGAUUUUAAACAAGCAAUUUAUUAUCACAAUGAGAGACUCAAGAUAGCUAAGGAAUUUGGAGACAAAGCUGCUGAGAGGAGGGCAAAUAGCAACUUAGGAAAUUCACACAUAUUCCUUGGUGAAUUUGAAAAGGCUGCACAACAUUACAAAAGGACUUUAGAUCUAGCACAAGACUUACGAGACAGAGAAGUAGAAGCACAAGCUUGCUACUCGUUAGGAAAUACAUAUACCCUCCUUAAGGACUAUUCAACUGCAAUAGAGUAUCAUUUGUGGCAUCUUGAAAUAGCUCAGCAACUUAAAGAUAGGGUGGGUGAGGGACGUGCAUGUUGGUCUUUGGGUAAUGCUUAUGCAGCAAUGGGAAAUCAUGAGAAGGCAUUACAUUAUGCUAAUCUUCACCUGAACAUCUCUAAAGAAUUAGAAGAUCCAAUGGGUCAGGCCACAGCACAAAUGAAUGUCGAUGAUCUUCAAAAAAUUCUAGGCUUAGAGAAAGGACAACAAGAAAAUAACAAAGAAAACAUUGCACAGAAACUAUCAACCAAUACUGGUUCGAAUGUUAAUAUAUCUUCACCUUGUAGGUAUAGACUUAGAAGGCAAAGUAUGGAUAACUUAGAUCUUAUUAAGCUUACACCUGCAAAGUUGAAGGAGCAAGCUGAGUCUCAAAUAGACAAAAGUAACAAUGCGACUCCACAAUUUACUCAAAAGGAAGAAGACAGUUUCUUUGAUCUUCUGUCUCGUUUCCAAUCUGGGAGAAUGGAUGACCAACGCUGUACUUUGAACACAAACCGAAAUCAGAAGUUCAGACCGAUCACGCCUGAAGUAUCUGAUUCAGAUGAUAAGGAUGGAGAGGAAUUCUUUGAGUUAAUUGCGGGUAUGCAAAGUAAAAGAAUGGACGAGCAACGGGUAACACUACCUUAUUUGCCCGGUUUAAACACUAACCACGACGCGGAUGAUUCCUUUAUUGAAAUGCUUGUUAGGUGCCAGAGUUCGCGUUUAGAAGAUCAACGAAGUCCUCUACCCGCUUCUUCGACAGUGCAAGAUGCCGAAGAAGAUCACAGCCAAAGAGCCAAUGGAACUCAAGCAGGUUCCACGGUUCCUGAGGAAGACCUUUUUGCUCUGAUUCAAAGACUUCAGGCAGGACGAAUGGAAGAUCAAAGAGCCUCAGGGCCUCGCAAGUUAUACUAGAAAAUCUUGCAUAUAAUGGCAGUAAGCUACUUAAAACUGAACAAGGUCUUGACUCUACCUAUAUCGGAUUUUAUAGCUCUACGCAAUAGUUAUCUUAUUUUAUGGUUUACAUAAUGUUCAGUGCUUAAUUAUCACGUGGAUGGCAGCUAUCAGUAACUGGCCUAGAAUCCAAGAAAUCUAUACUCAUACAAAUCAAUGUCUCAAACCAUACAUUCUAUGAAUAUCACUAGCAUACUAAGGGAAGAUCGUUCAAGGAAUUAUUUUCACUUGGAAUUGAAAAGAUUCUUUUUAAUUGCCUUAGUAACGUAGUGCCAAAACAUGUACAUACGAGCAUAAGUUAUGUACGCGAUUGAUGAGAAAUUUAUUUCAUCUGUUUUAAGCGAAAGUAUAUACACUAGAAAAUUAUUUCUUUUCUUUAAGUGGAUCGUAAAGUACAAUAUUAUCAGUUCGUAAUGGCAAGUAGGAAGAGGUUGAAUAGUUGAUGACACGAAAAAAGAUAUUCUCGACCAGAGUAAAUGUUCUGAACACUGCCCAAGCUUAGAGCACGAAUUGCAUAAGAAUCUUGUUAAAAUAUAGAGUAUCGUAUUUCGAAGAUCUAUUGAUCCCAAUGUUAUUUGUUGCAUAUCUGGUAUUGGAAAAAUUGAUUUCGAUUACCGAUUAUUUUUGUAAAUUACGGGGAUACAGGUGAAUCUCGUGCCAAAUGUUUCUUCGUUGGUUGCUCAUUAUUGGAAGCAAGGAACGGAAUUGUUGGUCGUUGUACAUUCUGUGCACUUUUUUGUAUGUAAAUGUUCUCCCUCCCUCUCUUUCUCUAUCUUUGUCUAUUGUACGUUGCCAAACGUAUGUCUACAAUCAAAAUGAGUAACAUUAACGGUUAUAAUUAUUUAUAACGAAUGUUACCAUUUUUCUUAUGUCGUUCAUGUACUUCGUCCAAUCGAGAGGACGCUGACCCGAGUACUUGCGGGCGGUGAGAUUAAUUUUAAUAGUACCUAAUUAACACAAUCUACAUAGUAAUCUUCUAAAGCGCUGAAACUUAACUAACGAACUUAAUUGUAUGCAAGGGAAUUCGAUUUAUGUGAAUUCUCUGAUUUACACAUCGAUACAGUGUAAAUGUAUCAUCUGAUCUCCUUGUGUUCCAAAAGAAAAGAAAAAGAAGUCAAGUUUAAAAAGAUACUAUAUCUCGAUACGUUCAUUAAAGAAACAUAUUCAACAUUCCAUUGAAUAUUCCAUUGUAUUUAUAUUCUUUAAAUAUAUCUAUCGGAUAGUAACUUAUUGUAAAUUCUCGACGUUAUUUAUCUCUGACUACGCGAUAAGACCAUUAUCAGAAAAAAAUAAACGCUUGAUCAUAAAAAACGUAACAAUUUUUAAUGUAACUUAUGAAAAAAAGAGAACUGUGAAAGAAUGGAACAAUGCCUUAAUAAGUUAUGCAAUUCUAUCGACCUAACGAGUUUGUGCCGUACGUGUGCGAUCAGGGGUUAGUAUUGACCUCUCACGCUUACCUAUGUGUAUAAAUAUAAAAAUAUGUAACUAAUUAACUAUAAAAACUGACUAUAAAAAACUAAAACCGAGCCUGAUCGAGGGACUAUAAAAUUAUUAUAUCUUAAUUAUUGUUGAAAGAAACAUAUAUAUGUAUACAGUUUACGUCGUACGAAACGAUGGAUGUAAGCUACUCGUAAUUCCUGAAUGUAGUGUUAUUUUUCUUGUUGUUGAGAAAGAUACUCUAAGCGUGAACUUGCGAGUUAAUAUUCGUUCCAAUGAUGUACAAGCUUAUUCGUCAUCGUAAUCAUUGAUACAAUUGAUAUUGAUUGAUUCGUUAUUCAGUUAAUAUAAUGAGAGAUAAAUAAUAAUUAUUUUUUGUAGAAAUUAUACUUGUACUGAAUUAUGUAUACAUAUAUAACUAUUUAUAUAUAUAUAUAUAUAUUUAGGUUCCCGAUAAAUGCCACACCGCCAUCGUAGUGUAACUACUAACGAAACAGAGUUUCUUUUGAAUUGUAAUUUUUUAUAAAGUCUGUUUUCGACGUAAACUCGCAUUUCAUCUUUGUAUAGUUAUGUAUAAUACAGAGAUCUAAUAAAAAAUAUACUUUUUUCAGA